AGCAGACGCUGUGAGUAAUGCGUGUGCUGUGCUACUAAUCCAACUCCUAAUGGAUGGUUAAAUGUUUCUCAUGAAGACGAACAGCUGGAACCACAGAAGGAUUCUCUUAAUCUUGUGUUUUUUAGGCUUGUGGCUACAAAUUAAUGGAAUUACGAUAUCAAUACCUCACUACAUUGUCAAUGCCACAGUGAAUGAGAGUGCCAUUCUUUCAGUGGACAAUAAAUGCAAUGGAACACUUUCUAUUAAAUGGAAGCACCUGUUACCAUGGGGAAUGAAAAACAUUGUCGACUGGAAUCCAGGCACUUAUCGAAACAUUUCAAGGAGUUAUGAAAACCGGAUUCAGGUGUACAGAAACGGAUCCAUCCAGCUUUCAAAUGUUCAGCUCUAUGACGCUGGUUGUUAUGUUGUGACUGUAACAGAUAAAGAAGGAAGCAGCAAGGAUGGUGUUAUUAUAUUGAAUAUAUAUGAACCACUUUAUAAGGAUUUGCACUUUGUGGCUGUCAUUGUUACAGUACUUGUAACGUUAUCUACUGUUCUAAUGUUCUUGCUGUGGAUCUGCAAUCAAAGUGUGAAACUCUACAAAAUCAAGAGGAGAGCAUGGAAUGCAAAUGGUUCGACGGAUAUGGAAGUAACAUCACUUUAAAGUUGCUAGAUGAAUUCCAGUUCACAUGUUGGAUUAAGACUGACAGAAUUUGAAAACUGAAGGAAGGUAUUCACACUAAGAAACAUUAGUGAAUAUUCACAAUAUUACAUAUUCACAUUAUUUCAUACAAACCCAUCAGUCAACUAUCACCAUACAAUAAUAACUAAAUGGUUUUAGCUAUUUUGUGAUAUUUAGUUUUACAACUGGUUUUAUAAAAAGGCGUACUAUGAGCAUGGCAUUUGUUACUCAGCCAUGCUCAUAGUACACUACUUCCAUUGUACAUUGCAAGUAGAAUAUUAAAAGCAUGCUUUAAGUAAAAAUUAACCCAAUAAAUUAGAACAAGUAAAGUCUAUUGAAUACAUUCUGUUGCCAAUUGUUUAAAUGUAGAUCACAGGAUUCUUUAAAAUGUCAAUAUUUGAAUGAUUGUGUGAACAAAACUAAUUUAAGGAAAACUACAAACUUUGCAUGAUUCUUGGUAUCAAAAUUGUUUGCUGAGGGAAAAAUACAAAUUAUA